AUGCAGCGGGAGCGAGUUGAGGGUUUGCAGCUGCUGCUGCGCUCCUGCUACCGUGUUUGUGUUGAUGCUGCUAAUGGUUUGCUGCUGCUGCCGCCUGCUGCGCUGCUUCAAGGGGCCUCCAUCCCUCUGCUGCCGGCAGCUUUGCUGCAGUCUUCUCUUGCUGCUGCAACACUGCAGCUGCAGCUUGCCUUCAGAGCAGCACCGCUCUUUAAGGCCAUAAAGGCUUGGCAAGGAUACACCCCACAAGGCGCAGCAACGCCAGCAGCAGCAGCAGCAGCAGCAGCACAACCAGCAGCAGCAGCGUGGGGUGGGGCCUCAUGCCUCACGGAGGAGACACUUGCGCUGAUGCUGCUGCCAAGCAUGCAGCGGCCCUUAGAGAGACAACUUCAGCAACUCCUAUUUGAUGCUUUUCAGCAAACCACAGUCAACUCAACUGCAGCAGCAGCAGCAGUAGCGCCCUUCGCGCCCGCUGUUAGCGUCCGCAGCCUCAGACUGCUGCGGCAACUGCCAACGACAGCAGCAGCAGCAGCAGCAACAAAAGCAGCAGAGAGACAAAAGCAUAAAUGUGCAGCAGAUAAGGAAGAAGAUUUGCUGCUGGUUGCUGACCUCCAGAUUCAUAACCUCGCCGCAGCAGCUGCUGCCGCCACAUCUACACAGAUAACAAGCAGCACCGAUGCAGCAGCAGCAGCAACACUGGAUUCAUUGCCAGCGGAGUGGAGAGUAGAUGGGGUGCUGCUGCUGCUGCAGCAACUGUGGCGGGGCCUUGCAGCAGACUGGGCAGAGUCUCAACGAGCAGCAGAUUUGCUGCUGGGGGGCCCUGCAGCAGCAGCAAGCAGCAGCAGCAGCAGCAGCAACAACAGCAGCUGCGGCUGCCCGUCGUGGCGCUUUCCCCUCGGUGCAUUCCUUUCCUGGAAGUAUGGCUUUGGUGGCCUCUCCAUCAGCAGCAGCAGCAGCAGCAGCAACUGCAUGGGGCUGAGCGACCUGCAGUCUUCUGAUCCUUCUUCUUUAGUUAUUGUGGGGCUCGCCGACUGUACGUACAGCAGAGGGGGAGCAGUUGCUGCAUUUGCUGCCAAGCCAGCACCAAAGGUGCAGCUGCUGCAGCACGGAACGCCGCUUGCUGCUGUACAAGUCAUAGACACAGCAGCAGCAGCAGCAUCUACCCGGCAGUUCAGGCUCCUCGCGCACGCAGCUUGCACAGGUACGACCUCCACAUGGCAGCAGCAGCAGCAGCAGUUGCUGCUGCAGCAGCCGCAGCAGCAGUGGGUGGAUGCUGAGGAGUUGUCGCUGCCGCGGUGCCCCGCACUAAAAGCAGGAGGCUCUUUGCUUGUCUCCUUUAGACUGCAAACCCUCACGCGGGUAGGGCCAGCAGCAAACGCCUACCACCAGCAGCAGCAGCAUCAGCAGCAGCUGCAGCAGGAGUGGCGGGAGCUGGCGUUUGUGUCUCCCUUCUUCAAUUCGCGUUUGUCGUUGAGCUGCCGCCUCAGCGACAGCGUUUUGGGGUUGCUCUAUAAAAUACACACGCAGUUCUUACCCUUACAAGAGCAGCAGCAGCAGCAGCAGCAGCAGCUGGACAACGGGGGCUUGCAGCACCCAUCGGCGGCGCCCGUGUGCGCUGUGCGGGAACGCAAGCGGCUUACGGUGCAGGAGGUGCAGCAGGUGCUGCAGCAGCAGCAACAGCAACAGCAGCAGCAGCAGCACUUGCUGGAUGAGGCCUCCGUCGCUCCAGAGUGCAGGCAGCUGCUGCAGCGCAGCAACAUCGAAGGCAGCAACAAGAGAGCCUCUGGGGCGCUUCUGCUGCUGUCUUUUAGCCGUCCUUCUUCGGCUCUGGCCCUACGAAUGGAGCAGCAGCAUCAGCAGCAGCAGCAGCAGGUGCAGCAGCAAGUGCAGCAGGAGGUGUUCUGGAUGCAGUGCGUGCGGUGGCCGGCAGCGAUUCCCUUGCGGCUGCUGCAUGAUGAAGAGACGCCUGAUCUCCUUCUUGCUGCUGACGGGCUGCUCCCUGCUGCUGCUGCUGCUGCUGAUGCGCUUGUGCACAUCAAACCAGCAGUACAAACACUGAAGUUCUCGCUUCCUAGCAGCAGCAGCAACAGCAGCAGCGGCGAUCGACUGGUGGCAGUUGCUUCCAACCGCAGCAGCAGCAGCAGCAAAUGGCCUCUGCUGCUGCACCUCUUCCCGGUGCUAAGCGACUCGCUGCCUACAAUAAAAGUUUCUAACAGCGCAUUUGUUGUGGAGACGAAGCGGCAGGGGCCCCUCCUUACUCUCAGCAUCAGGCCCAGCCUCCCCGCAGACAAAGCAGCAGCAGCAGCAGGUGCUGUUGCUGCUGCUGCUGCUGCUGAUGGUAGCAGCACGGUGCUGCUCGACUGGGUGGCUCCUGGGCUCACUGAAAUUGCAAUUGAAGACGCUGAAGGCAACGCGCGGCUGUUGGUGGUGCUGCAAAGCUCGGCUGUACGUCCACCCCACAAGUCUGCUGCUACUGCUGCUGCUUCAGGUGCAGCAGCAGCAGGAGAGGAAGAAGAAGGCGAAGAAGAAGCUCCCAAGUUCCUAGAGACGGCGGCACCCCCUUUGCUGCUGUUUGCUGCUGUCUUAUGCAUAGGCGGCAUCAGCUUGUGGUUUUGCUGCUGCUCUGUUAACUCCAGCGGGCCUCUGCCUGCUGCAGCAGCAGCAGCAGCAGGUGCUGCUGCUGCCAAGGUACACCGCAGCAGCCCUGCAGAGGAGAUGAAAUCUGUCUCCUCUUUGCGUCUCUCUCAGUCUUCAGUUAGGGCAAGAAAAGGCAUGGCCAUGGAGACCCCAUCUGCUGCUGCUGCUGCUGCUGCUGCUGCUGCUGCGUAUACACUGCAGCCCAACGGCGACUGGCGGCCUCAACGGCAGCAACUCACUUCCACAGAGGACGGGCUUCCUGCUGUGGAUGUUAGUUCUGUUCGGUUCUAUAAGAAUUAA